AUGAACUAUGUCUAUUACGAAAAUCCAAAUUUGGGAUACGUCGCUUCUUUAAGUGGAUCCUCUCCUUAUACCAAGACACGGCUUAACGGACCAAAAAAAUUUUUCGUCGGUAAUACCAAUCAAAAAUAUAUGAAGCUGGCGAAUGAAGAAGCUAUUAACUCUUUAUUUAGCAUAGGUAAACUAUCGCCAAAAAUGUUUGAUCCAGUGAUUGACACUAAUAACGUAAACGCCCCCAAGCUUACUGAAGAUGAUACAAGGCAAACCAAACAACCAGAAAUUAUAAAUAAAGACUUAAAAUUUGUUGAAAUUGAUCAGACAAAAAAAUCUAGAGACAGUGACGUCAAUCAUCAGAACUCGAAAUUCAGAAUGGCUCCUGAUUCUAACAUUAAAGAAGUUCAAAAACCUCAUCAUGAGGAUAAACCUAUGAAUCAAAAAAAAUUUUUUCGAAUACAGAUUAAAGCAAAAUAA